AUGACAAAAUUAUCACUGAAUUGGUCCCGUUUACAGAAACAAAUUAAUCCUAAAUCCAUAAAAUCAAAGAAGAAAUCCAUUUUAAAGACUGAUAAAGAUGAGGUGAAAAAAGAAGUGGUGGAAAAAACAGGAGAAGAACCGGUUAAUAUGUCUGUUAUUCAAGCAGCUUUAUGGUCUAAGGAAAGAGAUAUACAAAUUAGUGAUCUUGAAAAACCCAAUGUUCUGAUAAAUACCAACAGUUCAAAGAAACGACAACCAGGAAAAUAUUUGGCUAUAGAUUGUGAAUUUGUAGGUGUAGGACCUGAAGGAAAAGAAAGUGCAUUAGCUAGAGUAUCGAUAGUAAAUUUUUAUGGUUAUACUAUAUAUGAUGAAUUUGUUAAACCUCGAGAAACCGUUACUGAUUGGAGAACCUGGGUCAGUGGUAUAACACCAAAACACAUGAAUCAAGCCAUUUCAUUCAAAGAAGCACAAAAUGAAACCGCUAGAUUAUUGAAGGAUAAAAUCCUUGUAGGGCACGCAGUACAUCAUGAUUUAGAAGCAUUAUUCUUAUCACAUCCCAAAUCUAUGAUACGAGAUACUACUCAAUUCAAGUUAUUCAGAAGCAUAUCCAAUGGGAAAACCCCCGGAUUAAAAAAAUUAACCAAACAUUUCUUAAAAAUUGAUAUUCAAGAUGGUCAACAUUCAUCGGUUGAAGAUGCUAGAGCUACAAUGUUAUUGUUUAGAUUACAUCGGAAAGAUUUUGAAAAGGGGAUUAAGAAGUUUGAUAAGUCACAUAAAUAA